AAGAAACCGCGCAGUCUCGUGCGAACUCUUGCGCAACAGGCCGCGCCGCCACGCCUCCCAUGCCCGCAGAUAGUUGAUAACAAGAUGAUUGGUCGAAGGUACUUCAUAUUACUAUGUGUAACAUUAUACAUGCUUCAAGUGAAAUGUGUUGACAAAUACACAGAUGAAAAUAGACCUUAUGAAUUCGGAUUUACCAUUGACGGAGAGCAACAUCGACACGAAAAGAAAGAUGAAAAUGGGAUCAUCAUGGGCGAAUUUGGUUUCAUCACCGCAGAUGGCGUAUAUCACGUGACAGUCUACGCAACUGACGAAAACGGAAACUUUAAAAUUUUAUCAAUGAAAAAUAUUCGUGUAAAGCCAUAUCCUACCGCCAAAUCUGGUUCCGGUCCAGAAAGAGGGCGAUCUCUUGAGUACUCAUCAUCGCCUAUAGUACCUACUAAAUCAUCAACAAAUAAAAAUCAGGAACAAAACAAAAAGCAACACAAAGAAUUUCCGAAACCUGGCCCUGCUUCACCUGCUAAAUCUUGUUCACAUUGCAAACUUCCUACCACUACCACCACUACUACAGAAGCUCCAUACAUUCCUAGCAACAACAUACCGCCGGUACCAGCUAUUUCACAAGAACUAGAAAUACCACCUAAGAAUAACCAAUAUAAGGAAGAAUAUUCCCAAAAAGAGGUCAGGACACAAGAAUAUCUUCAACAAGAAGAACAACUACGACAAGGACAACAACUACAACAAGAACAACAACAAGAAAGAAAACAACAAGAAAGAAAACAACAACAACUACAACAAGGGCAGCAGCAUCAAAGUCUACAAUCACAAGGCCAGCAACAAGGUCAAGGAACGCAGCAAAAUGAACCAGAACAAGCAAGACUGCAACAGCAAGGACAGCAACAAGUAAGUCUGCUACAACAAAGAAAGCAAGAACGACAUCAGGAUCAGUUAAAUAAUGCACAAAAUUAUCCAACACAUGCAAUUGGAUUACUACAAAGAAAUUCGCAAAUGAAUUCACCGAACUAUCCACAACAGAGUUACAAUCAAGAAGAAUUGCAAAGCGAAUAUCAAAAACAGCAGCAACAACAACAACAGGACUCGAAUCAAUUCGCUGGUAAACAAAGUAUUUCUCCAUUUACUACGAGUAUCGGAUCACAACAGAACUACCCCGAACAAAGCCAAAGCGCCAAUGAUAACUAUCCACAACCAAGUUACACUCAAAGUGGUUUAGAAAACAGCCCUAACUAUGAAACAGGUACUAGCCAAAGCCAGACAAAUGUAAGAGGCAAGGGCGAAUCUAACUAUCCUGGGAGUGAUAUUUUACAAACUCAGUCAGUAGCCAGUGAUUAUCAAGGUCCAAUGCCACGGAUGCCUCCGGAAACAAAUCGUAAUCCAAAAUCUUACGAUGAUCAAUCAAAUAAAGGUAUUAAUGCGUUAAGCUCGCCUGCCAGCGCAUUUGUUCCUCGGCAGAAUUCCCCACCUAAAAAGCCGCAACUAAUAUCAGCUCAAAUACAAAUAGUUGACAAAAAUACUAACAUUCAUUACAAGCGUCCCGGAGAAAAAGAAGGCCUUCCUGAAGGGCUAACUAAAGAUGAUAUGUCUCAACUUUUGUACACGUUCAAUUACACUGUAGGCUUCCACGGCCACUUUGAAGAAGGUUAUAAAAAUGUUGCCAAAGUUGGCUACUAUUAUGUGACAGGAAGGAAUGGCGUUCGCACAAGAGUUGAUUAUGUUGCCGAUGAAAAGGGAUUCCGACCUAAAAUUACGCAAGAAAUUCUUGAUUUACUAUCAGACGAUGUACCUAAACCAGAUACGGAAAAAGAUUCAAAAUACGGACUUAAAGGCUAUGAAUUUAAAUGGCUUUAUUAUCCAGAAGAUACAAAAUAACUUUAAAAUACGCAUAAGGUAAAAUCAUCAUUUAGUUAGCAGAAAUUCAUAGUAUAUUUAAUGGUUUGUAUAUAAGAGUAAUUAUUAACUAAUAGUAAUACGACGGAAAUCUUACUGAAUAAGACUGAAAACGUACCGAGAUGAAUAAAUAUUUCUAAAUUUUAAGCAAAACAUAUUGGCACGAUUCAGUUCAAUAAUUUUUACGUCGUAAUCCUUAAU